UCAUCCAACGCAUUGGUAGCGAAAGAGUUAGAACAAAGUGCAGAGCUACCGUAAAUUAAAUAAUUGUGAAAAGUAUUACUAAAUUAUUAGAAGAAUAAAAUGGCUCACCGCGGCAGUGUGUGCAGCCAUGUCGGCUGGUUGACCAAAUUGAGCUUGACUCUAACACUGGCUUUAAUACUCGAGCAAAGUGGAACGGAGGGAAUUCCAUUUUUCCCGCGUCUCGUUGAUUGUGGGCCUCCCAAUAUGUAUCCUGAGUUUUGUGUUCACGGCAAUUUUAGCAUGAACUUCAACCCCGAGUACUGUGUUCCACGCACACUGUGCUACAAAGGUAUAGAUGAGCCCUGCCAGAAGUAUGGCGACACAAGCGAUUGCAAGCCGGGUUUGAUAUGCAGCUGUGACCGUUGCAGUACAACAGUGAAUUUUUGUGGCAACUUGCCUAAGAUGCCAACAUGGAGCGAGUAUGCGAAGCUCAUGCAAUCAAGUGCUCAGAAAUAUGCCUUUUAAGACGUUACAGCUGGCUAAAAUAUUGGAUGGAAUUUCACGAGUUUCAAAAUAAUUAUGACAAAAAAUAUAACGCAACUUAACUUUAUGAAAGUCUAUGGAGCAAAUGAUGAGAUUACAAAAACUAUAUAAAAAUAUUAUAUAAAAUAUUAGUUAAAUGGUAUUGCAGCAUUAAAUAUUUCAAUUAAAAGCGCGUAC